AUGGAAUCGGGUUGUUUGGUCGGCUUUGGACUGGCCAACGGUGUUGGUAAAGUAACCGACGAAGGUGGUUGGAAUGCAGCCUCGGAAGUAGGCGUACUUGCUCCAUGUUCUGACCUUGGCUCCGUAGAAGAAGAAAGCAAAUGGAAUAGCACAGCAGGCCAAAGCGAUGAAAGCCAUCAAGGAGGAUGCCCACUCGUAUCCCAAACGGUGGUACAUUUGAAUUGUGAACAAUGGCACUGCGGCUCCCCAAAUCGAUCUGACGAAGGUCUUAGCAGCCAAUGCAGAGGCGGCAUAGUGCUGAUAAGAGUCGACAAUGUAGUUGUUGGCGGAGUUGUAAAGGAUGUUGAAACCAAAUCCACAAGCGAAUCCGGAAAAACAUGGUCCAGCCCACGACAGUCUUGGGUAGGAAGACCAGGCAAAGGCGAACAGUCCAGCCGGAACGAACCAGCAACCAACCAUCAUUGGGAACAAACGCAGCUCUGCAGGUGGAACAACUCCCUUGUGUCUGUAAACGUCGGCUCUUCUGUUAUAGUCGUUGUUCACCCAUGGAGAGACGGCCACAGCUGCAAGCACACCAACAGCAAUAGGAAUGAACAUCAAACCAGUCUUGGAGUCAGACCAGCCCUUACCCUCGGUAUACACAACUGGGUAACCGAAGAAGAACAUGUAAAUUCUAACUUUGAGUUCGGUCAAAGCUCUGUAUUUUUCAUCACCGGUAGUUUUUCUCAGCUUCUUAGCUCUGUCUUUGAGGAUUUUGUUGUGCGAGGUUUCAGGCAUCAAGACGACAAAGGCAGCGUAGACAGCUCCACUGAAGAUCAAGAUGACCCAGUAAAUCCAUCUCCAUCCAACGUUAUCACCGAUGUAGCCACCGAUCAAAGGACCAAGAGCAGGACCAAUGAACGGAGCAGCAGAGAAAACAGUCAUGGCAAGACCUCUUUCUUUGACCUGGAACAAGUCUGCAAGACUACCACCAAUCAGACACAUUGGAGCAGAGAAGGCCAGACCGUCGAUCAGUCUGCAAACAAGCAAGGUGCCAAUGUUCUUGGCAAGAGCGCACGGAAUAACAAACACAACAGCAACGAACAAAGUAGAAAGGUAGACAACGGUACGGCCGAACUCUUCAGACAAUGGAGCAAACGCCAAAGGGCCGAAACCAAAUCCAAGCACAAACAACGACACGGUCAAAAUGACAACUUCCUGGGAGACGUGGAAGCUUUCCAUAGGACCUCCAAUAUCACCAGUCACCGCGGCGGAAGCAAAUGCGACAGCAAAACAAACUGUACCCAAAAGAAUGGUGAGGAACCAUCUGUAGCUGAAACUCCAGUUCUGCGGGUUCUUCUUGUCUCCGUCCACAAACACCACCAAUCUCAUCUGCGUUUCUUUGUCAAUAGGGUAUUUCCAUUGGUCGUUUUCAUGGAAGUCGGAUGUAGGGUCUGGGAUGAAGCCGGAGACCGUUUUUUCGUGGUCGAGCGGUUGCUCAAGAGGUCCCAGAGCACCGUAUCCUUCUUCGUAAGGGUCCACGAUCUUGGACACGGCCGCAGACCUGUUGGUGAUCAUGCGUUCCAAGGCCUCGCGGUCUUGUUUUUCGUCCACAUCGUCGCCGUGGGUGAGCUUUCUCACAAUGCCACUCACGCGAGAGGCAGUACGGCUAAUUCCAUCCUCAGCAGGCGAGUAGAUGCUUGCUGGCUUGGCUUCUGGAUCUUGGGCAGUACUAUCGAAUGA